UCUGGCAACGCCAAGGUCGUGACCAGAAAUCGAUACUAUUGAGGAAUAUUUCCCGAAAUCGACGUAUUGACACCUCUAUUUCAUAAGAAUUUUUAAUUUUAGUAGAAGCCGUAAACAAAGACCUAAAUCUGACGAAACAGCACUGAAUUCAGCGGAGCGAGAUGUCAGUGAAGCACGACUGGUACCAAUCCGAGGCGAAGGUGGUCAUCACCGUGCUGCUGAAGAACGCCGAGGAGAAGCACUACGCGGUUGAGAUCUCCGCGCAGCGCGUCCACAUGACGGCAGAUGACUACGACCUGGACCUCAUGCUGCUGCACCCCAUAGUGGCGGAGCGCUCCUCGCACAAAGCCUAUUCCUCCAAGGUAGAGAUCACCCUGGCCAAGGAGACGGGCGUGCGCUGGGAGACUCUGGUGAAGCCGGCUGUCACCGCCGCAAUGGUUGCUCCACCCAAAACCCAGGCCAAAAACUGGGAUAAGCUGGUCAGCGAAGAGGAGCAGGUGGAGGAAAAGGAGGCUAAGGGCGAGGCGGCGCUCAACAACCUGUUCAAGAAGAUAUACAGUACCUCGUCGCCCGAGGUGCAGAAAGCGAUGAACAAAUCCUUCUCCGAAUCCGGUGGCACAGUGCUCAGCACGAACUGGGGCGAGGUGUCCAAGGAGAAGGUGACCGUGAAGCCGCCCGAGGGAACCGAGUUCCGAGAGUGGGAGAAGUAGUUGCAGCAAACCUUGAUAUAGAUGAAGAGAGAUUAACUAAUAUAUAUAUUUUUACCACUGGAUCGGUUGGAGGCUACGCAUGGCCGGAUAACAACACCCUGAAAAGAAAAUAUUUGUUUUGAAUAAAUAUGAUUUAAGCAUUGCAA